AGUCCACGUCAAUUCCUGGGUUGGAGAAGCAGAACUCUGAAGAGGACAACUGGCAAAAGCCAAAGAAGGUGCGCUGAGUUUCCUCCUCAUCCUCUGUAGAAUAGCCUCACAGUCACACAUAAGCACUCAACAUUGCCAAAAUCUCCUGGCCCGGCGACGGCCAGUGAAGAAAGUGCUCAGCGGCCAUUUUCGCCUGAUAAGCGCUUGCGCUCUCUUGAAAAUGGCAAUGUCAAUGAUGAAGAUGAGGUGGCAUGAACCUUUAGUGUUCCUGGUGGUCCUGUGCUCCCUUGUCGGGGCACAGGAUGGAAAUCAAGAUCAGGAUGGUGGUAGUGACUAUCUUCGUAGGGAGCAUUCUCUUGUCAAACCCUACACAGGCACUGGCAUGGAUAUCCCACUGUGGGAUUUUGGUGGCAGCACAGUCGUCUCCAAUGAAUAUAUUAGACUAACGCCGGACCGCCAAAGCAAGCAGGGUCACCUGUGGAAUCAAGUUCCUAACCACAUGCGACAUUGGGAGAUUAGAGUGUCCUUCAUGGUACACGGCGCUGGUCGCUCACUGUACGGGGACGGUUUUGGCAUCUGGUAUGCCAAGGACAGGAUGCAGUUUGGCAACGUGUUUGGCAACCAGGAUAAAUUCAGUGGUCUUGGAGUGUUCCUCGACACCUAUAGCAACUUUGACGGCGACCAUGCUCAUCUUCACCCCUACAUCUCUGCCAUGGUGAACAAUGGAUCAUUGAACUACGACCAUGACCAUGAUGGUACUCAUGGACAACUUGACGGCUGCUCUGUUGCGUUCCGUAAUGCCGACUACCAGUCUCACAUCUCCAUUUCCUAUUUCCAGGGCACGUUGUCGGUUUACACGCGUGUGGGUACAGAAACCGACUGGAAAAGCUGCCUGAAUGUUGCCGGCAUUUCGCUGCCCACCGGUUACUAUUUUGGUUUUACCGCAACCACUGGUGACUUGGCCGACAACCACGACAUUGUCAUGGUCAAGACGUAUGAAUUAUUCCCAUCCGGGGAGUCAGACAAGGACGCAGAAGUGCCUAAGGAUCUGGAGAAUAUUGUCCCAGCUGCCGCGCACCAGGAAGCUCCGAGAGAGCAUGUUGAAUCUACCAAGCCCACCCGCAAGUCAUCCAUGGCCAUGUACUUUCUGGUACUCGGUGGCAUCCUUGCUCUUGGCUUGAUCGGUGGCGGUGUUUUCUACUACAAGAAGCAGCAAGAGAAAGCACGCAAGCGUUUCUUCUAGGGCGGUCGGUAAUGACAGAUGGGACAUGUGCGUAUCCACCGCUUGACAUGCGGCUAGGUUAUAUUUUAUUUUUCGGAUUUAGGAACGAGCUUCGGACUGUUUUUGCCGUAUAUUUUCGCUCACCGUUUUAUGUGCGCAGAUGCGUGGCCUGAGCCUGGACUCAAAUUGCUGCUGUAUGCGAGCCACCUACCCCCGCGACGUACUUGUGUUGAGAUGACUUCAGACUUUUCCUGUAUGUCUAUUUAAUGUAGCGACCGCUGAUGCUCUCGCGGGUCCAAGCGUGCAAUCGGCCAGGCACGUGCACGCUUCAAUCGAUUUCUUAACGGAAUUUGAUGCGACUGUGCGUUCGGCACGACAUGCCGUCUGUUUGGGGAGCAUGCCUCCUUGCUUUGGUUUCGGUCUAUCUCCAUCCGCGCUCUGCCUCCUGCGUCCGCUAGUCUUUUAUAUUUAUAUCUGGGGGUGCUGUAUUAUAGCUGUGUGUAUGCUGUCCCUGCUGGUUUCGGAGUGCAGGCCUGUGAUGCUUAGCACGCCUGCAUGUCUGUGUAUAGUUUGUGUCUCUCGCAUUCUGGCUACUUGUACAUUGUAUUUUUCUUUUCUUUUGUUGGCUCCAUUCACGGGCUGUUGCAGAGCAGUACAAUAAAUACCUUGAAUCCACCGAAGCUGCAGCUGCUCUGGCGACAUGUGUGUUACGUGGAUACUAUAGUGUUAUUAUACCAAGU